AUGGCAUUUGAAUCACAGUCUCUGAAGAAGGAGAAGAAGUACAGUGGGGUAUUUGGGGAUGUGUACAGUAUGGCCAUACUUCCCAAAGAGCUUGAGCUUGAGAAGGAAUCCCACCCAAAAUUCGAGCUCCGGUUUCAACUCCCUGACCUCACCCAACCCAUCAGAGAAUUCUCAAGGAGAAGAGAAGUUAGAGAGUUCCUUAGUGGAGCUUUAGCAGGGGCAAUGACCAAAGCUGUUCUUGCUCCUCUUGAGACCAUCAGGACUAGAAUGGUCGUUGGUGUCGGAUCUAGACACAUUUCUGGCAGUUUCUUAGAGGUCAUUGAGAAGCAGGGUUGGCAAGGACUGUGGGCUGGAAAUGCAGUCAAUAUGAUUCGCAUAAUCCCCACCCAAGCAAUUGAGUUUGCAACAUUUGAGUGUGUUAAGCGAGCAAUGACCUCAACACAAGAGAAAUGGAAGCAGGCUGAAUCCCAUAAGGUGCAAAUUGGCCCUGUAAGCUUGAACCUCUCUAUCUCCUGGAUUUCUCCUGUUGCUGUGGCUGGUGCUGCUGCCGGAGUUGUUAGCACACUUGUGUGUCAUCCCCUUGAAGUUCUGAAGGAUCGGUUGACUGUGUCUCCUGAGGCGUAUCCUAGUUUAAGCAUUGCAAUCAGCAAGAUUUAUAAGGAGGGUGGGAUUGGUGCAUGCUAUUCUGGUCUUUCACCUACACUGAUUGGGAUGCUUCCGUACAGUACUUGUUACUAUUUCAUGUAUGAAAAAAUGAAGAAAUCCUACUGCCAAGCAAAGAAUAAAGAGUCACUUAACCGUCCAGAGAUGCUACUGGUUGGAGCUCUUGCAGGUUUUACGGCUAGCACAAUCAGCUUUCCGUUGGAGGUGGCCAGGAAACGGCUGAUGGUUGGAGCUUUGCAAGGUAAGUGCCCACCUCACAUGGCAGCGGCACUCUCAGAAGUCAUUCGAGAAGAAGGUUUGCUGGGACUCUACAGAGGGUGGGGGGCAAGCUGUUUAAAGGUCAUGCCAUCCUCUGGCAUCACCUGGAUGUUUUAUGAAGCUUGGAAGGACAUAUUGCUUGUUCAGAGGAAUUCCUUAUAA